AUGGCAUUAAGAUUCAGCAGUUGGAUAGAAAAGAGGCUGUGGGACAAGCGGGACCUCGGCACUGAGGCGAAGGAACCGACCGAAGGAAUAAGGUUGAAGGAAUUAGAACAGACGCCGAAUACGACAGCAGAGCCAAUCGACGAGAACAGAUGGGAGCGGGCAUUAGGAGAUGGUUUCACAGGGUUACAUGAUCUCCAACUGAGGAGUAUGUUGAUGUGCCAAGCAGUAGAGUUGUGGAUCAAUAACUUAGAAGAGACAGCAGACGGCGUCUGGUCUCCCGAAGCUUCGGAGUGCAAAGUGGAGGAGGUGGGAUUUUUAUUUACUGGAAUCCCUAGCGCAGCCUGUGAACCAAGGGAGAACAAUAAUGAAUGGUCUGGAUUAAGGCGUUCCUCAGGAUUAUGGAAGCAACAGAAACAUCACAGGAACUUAGCGACGUGUAUGGACCUAUUGAGUAUAAUCUUGACAUUGUAUCAGAAUAUUUCUGCCAAGGAGGACGGUUGGAAAAUAGGAGAAGAAGAUGCAUGUCAACAGAUUUAUGGAGCCCUGAACGACUGGGCGGGAGGAAAAGUAGCAUCGGAAGUAAUGAACGAGUGGUUUAAUAAUAUGGAGGAAAAGGAGAUAGGACGCGCGGGAUUAAGAAUAUUUCAGGCAGGAAAAGCUAGAGGUAGUCACUGGCGCAGGUUUUUUGAGAAGGUAGGAAGUUAUGUUACAGAACUUCAGUGUAUGAAGAAACCCUCAGACGAGAAAGUUUGGGAAGUGAGCUGUUUAAGAACAGUCAAUAACCAGGACUGCGAGGUUAUUCACGAACAACAAGAGACGAAACUGGAACAAGGGGACAUCACGAAGUUUGAGCAGGUAAGGGCACAAGUCCAGGAGAAUAAGAAGGAGCGCAUGAGAAGCGAAGGGUGA